AUGCGUCAAUUACCUAUUUCUAAAAGCAUCACUAAUCCCCCAACAGGUUCUCGGAAGAUGAGAGAGCGUCGGCCGACAAAAUCAUCCUAUCGUUCGCUCCGGGAAAACAGUGACGCGCCUGUUAGCUCUUCCAUGGCACAGGCUGCCUUUGAAGAUUUCUGGUCUCCCCUAACUAAUAUAUUUUACCCGUCUACAACGGCACUGCAUGAGACGGUCACUGCAGACAGCACAGCGGUCGGUACGGGGGACAUGGCUAGUGACUCAACUUUUGGACUCUUAGAACAAGAGCAGUCAAUCGCGCAUUGGAUGUACAGUUCCUCUACCGGGACAUCUACGGAGCCUCCCCACCUUGACUGUUUCUCAUCCGCGGUUGCAGUGAAUCCGGCUAACCACGAAUUGACAGGGCUUCAUGACUUGGGCUUGGAGACAACUGAAGACGCUUCGGCAAGCGACGAUGACCUAUGCAGGGCCAUUCAAAGCCAUGAAGAGAUUAUCCAGAAAGAUGAGAGAUUCCAAAGAGUUGAUGUUGAGGAGGUCCAUUGGCAACCUGACAUCCCGCCCGGCGGGGGCUUCUAUGCUGAUAUACUUGGAUCCGACAGUUUUGAUCCAAAUGAAUUGGAUACCCUGGUCCGUCAGCUACAGUUCCCAGACAAUAGCCAGGAGAUGAUUGGGCGUUUCUUCAUGGGGCACACGUCCAAAAUACUAUCUAUCAGAGAAGACGAAAGCAUGGACCCAUGGCAAGGGCUUGUCUGGCCUAUGGCGCGUGAUUGUCCUGCACUUUACCACGCUCUAGCCGCAAUGACCUGUGCACACAUAAGCAAUACCCAACAGCAACUUAAUCUACUCAGCAUGAAGCAUUUAAAUCUCAGCGGUCAAGCUCUCAUCAUCGGUAUGGACAACAGCACGAUGCCCUUGGAGGCUGCCAUUGCCACCAGACUCGCCCUUGCCUUCGCCGAGUCCUGGGAUUGUCACGCACCAACAACGGGAGCCACUCAUCUCAACGACGCUCAAGUUCUCAUUCAGCGUGCUGUCAAGGAAAACUUUAUUUCGGGACCAGUAAAUAGUGAGCUGGAAUGUCUGAAAUUCCUUGUCAACACUUGGUUAUACAGGAACGUCAUUUCUCGCUUGACAUGCACUGAACCUACAGAUGCCACGAUCACUGAGCCUGUGGCUACAUACACUUCUAUACUACCUUAUAUAGAGGAAAAGGAGAUUGACCCGCUCAUGGGUUGUAGUACUGCACUCUUUCCAUCAAUUGGCCGCCUGGCGGAGCUUGUUCGUCGUGUCCGCGGCCGACCGGAGAAUCGCAAUUCUCCUGCGAUAAUCUCGAAAGCCAUUGAAAUAAAAAUGGCUCUUGAGGGCUGGGUCUCACCUGUAGACUCGGACAGCUCGAGUUCAAAUAUUUCCGACUUGAUACAGACCGCAGAGGCAUACCGAGGCGCUGCGCUUCUGCUCCUUCGGCAAGCAGUCCCGGAGCUUCCCGCCUCAUGUUCAAUGUCAAAAUUAGCACAGAAAAUUCUCGUCUUUCUCGCCACUACACCCCCAUCAUCUCGGACGAUACAUGCGCAAAUAUUUCCGUUGAUGAUAGCAGGCUGUGAGACGUUUGACGAUGAUGAUCGAGAGUGGGUUCGCCAGCGCUGGGAGCUCAUGUCUCGACGCUUGAUGACCGCAGUACCAGAUCGAUGUAGAGAUAUGACAAUAGAGGUAUGGCGAAGAAGGGACGAAUUUGAGACACACCACGGCCUACGUGACCUGAUGAAAGCUCACCGGCCUUUUCCCAUACUAAGCCGUCGCGCGAUGGAUACCACGACGCUUUACGAUUCUCUUCGUGUUCCCCAGAGCGACAGCACUACGUGUCAAGAGGGACUGAAGCCGCCUUCUGCGGAAACGUGGUCAGGUACAAGGUCGUCGGAUUUCCCGGACUCAGCUGCAUUUCAGAAAGGUACAGAUCCUGUCACAAGGGCGGGGUUUAUCAACUACACCAUUAAAGGUGAGUUGCAUUGGCUCAGGGUUAUGGAAGACUGGAACUGGGAAAUUAUGCUCGCGUGA